CGGUCACACUGGUGCAGUGCAAACUGGAUAAAUACAAACAAUUUGGGCAGCAAAGCUGAGCUUAAAUUAAAAAUUUUGAAAGCAGAAACCAGCGUUGUAGAACCACUCUGCAAAGAUGAACAUUCAUCUGCCCAACUUCAACGUUAAGAACCUGGUGAAGGAGGCGGGCAGCACGAUAUCACGAGUGGUGCAGCUCACGGAAGAGAAACUGGGCACCACGGAGCGCACCGAGUACGACUUGCACUUCCAGAAUCUCGCCGAGCGGGCCGAUGUGACCAAGACGUGGACGGAGAAGAUAGUGCGGGACACGGAGUCGGUGCUGAUACCCAACCCCCAGAACCGGGUCGAGGACUUCAUCUUCGAAAAGAUCGAGAAGUCGAAGCCCAAGCGGCUGAGCAACCUGGAGCACCUGGCCCUGGACAUGAUCGAGGCUGGCGGGGAUUUCGGACAGGAUCUGCCCUACGGUCAGGCGCUGAUCAAGGCCGGCCAGGCGGAGCAGAAACUGGGUCAGUGCGAGCACGACUUCAUCGCCACCUCGGGCAUCUGCUUCACACAGCCGCUGCGCAAGUUUCUCGACGGCGAGAUGAAGACCAUUGGCAAGGAACGCGGCAUUCUGGAGUCCAAGCGCCUGGAUCUGGAUGCCUGCAAGACCAGGGUGAAGAAGGCGCGCAGCAUGCUCGGCCAGCAGUCGAAAGAUGGCAUCUCGCCAGAGGCCGCCUUGGAACAGGCGGAACGGGAUUUGCGGGUGGCCCAGGCCGAGUUCGAUCGGCAGUCGGAGAUCACCAAGCUGCUGCUGGACGGGAUCAGCACCUCGCAGGCCUCACACCUGCGCCACUUGCACGCCUUCAUCCAGACGCAGGUGCGCUACUACAAGCAGUGCGGCGAUGUCAUGGAGCAGCUGCAGCGCGAGCUGGCCAACUUGGGAGGCCCCACACCAUACAUUCCACUCGACGCAUCCGAGGCCAUUGCCAGCAAGUCCAGCUCAUCGGCCGGAGCCGCGGACCGUGGUCCCGGCAGCAACCAUUCCGCCAACUCGGUGGCCCCUGGCCAUAGGCCUCAUCAGCCCAUGCAAGUCAGCACGGAUCAGAUGCAGCGGGCACGCGUCCUCUGCUCCUACGAUGCCAAGGAUCACACCGAGCUUAAUUUGAGCGCAAAUGAGGUGAUCUUUGUGACCGAAUGCUCGCCCGUUAACGAGGAUUACAUGUACGGAAAACAGGGCCUGAUGAAGGGACUGGUACCACGCGCUUUUGUCGAAAUGCUCGACGAAGAGCACGACAUCACCCUCUAAGCCAUCCAAGUUGUUCAGCAGUAAUCAAUCAAUCAAUCAAUAAUCUCAACCAAAAGUAAUGAACAAGAAAAAUACUCCAAGUAAUGGUACAGCAAUACUCAUACAUUUAGAAGGAAGAACUGAAGGAGAGGAGGGCGAGGCAAUUGGACAAUUAUAAGAUGCGGCCAAAUUGGCACUUGGCACUAGCAAGAGAGUACAAUAAUUUAUUAGAAUAUACUUACAUAAAUAUAUACAAGGCAUAUACAUACGUUCAUGGGCGUGUUAUGAAGUAGAGCAUUGUAGUUUAGGCCUCGUUGGACCUUAAGCCCUGAUUCUUGCCCAAACAGCUAGCUACUCACCUGCACAGAUCACGCGCGUCAUAGCUGUAAUCAAAUAUACAUUUUCUGCUGCCUGAAUAACCGUCAAGUUAUAUUUAUAAAUACAUAUAUAUAAAUUCUCAAUUUUAUAAUUGUUAAUACUUAUUGCAUAUCUAAAGAGAAAAUGCUGUUUAAUUAAGCUUUUCUUCACUCAAAAAAGUAUUAUAUUUGUGUUAUGUUUGUCUUUAUCUUAGUUAACAAACGAAAUUCUCUGUGCUUUACUAUAUAUCCUAUAAUUAUAUCUAUAUGUAUGAGAUUGUUGAUCCUAUUAACUAUAUAUUCAGCGAAGACGUUUCCAGUUUAGGCUAAUGUUUAUUAAAUAUAUUUAAUCCUGCCGCAAUUAUGUUUAAACAUUUUUCGUGCAAUUUUCGAAAGUCAAUUAAAUGAUUGUUGCUUCUUAAAUGUAAGGCAAAACCCUGAAACACCAAGGCGCUUAGUAGCUGCAAAUUAACUGAAAUAUAUUGAUGAAAACGUA